AUGGCCCAGGCAGAGGAUGCACGGCAGCCAGCGGAACAGCGGCCCCCGCCCACCUCUGCCCCGGCCACCGCGGGCUUCACGGGAGGUCCUCGGGGCUGCAGCCAAGAAGACCUGGAAUGCCUGGUGUGUCGGGAGCCCUACAGCUGGGCGCGGCCCCCCAAGAUGCUGGGCUGCCAGCACCCCUUCUGUGUGGUCUGCCUGAAGCUCCUGCUGUGUGUGCGGGACGACAGCUGGACCGUCACCUGCCCCCUGUGCCGCCAGGCCACCAUUGUCCCCGGGGGCCUCAUCUGCAGCCUGCGGGACCAGGAGGCCUUGGUGGGACAGCUGGCCAGGUCAUGCGCGGAGGUGCGGCUCUGUCCUCAGGAGCUGGCGGACCCGGUGACCUCAGCAACAGGACUCCCCACCUUGGCGGGAGAGGACGGGCAGGGCUCGGCCAGCGCCAACCGCGUGGCCGCCCGGCGCCUGGCUGCUCACCUGCUCCUGCUGGUCUUGCUCAUCAUCUUCAUCCUGCCCUUCGUCUACCCGGGGGUCAUCCGGUGGGUGCUCAUCUUCAUCAUCAUCCUGGCUCUGCUAAUGUCCACCCUCUUCUGCUGUCCCUUCAGCAGCCAGAGCAGCUGCUGGGCCCCGCCUCGGACUGUCUUCUGCAGGGGGCAGAAACCCAGUGAGGUCUCAUCCAUCGCCUGA